UCUCGUGGUUUCGCGCACACACUCAUACACACACACACAGAAAUCACGGCUGGCAGGAUCUCAGGCCUCCACAGUCAGGCGCAGUUAUCUAAAAUGGAUUAAAGGAUUCAUGCAUGAGAGAUUUUUCAACUUUACCGGAAAUAUGUCUCUGUUUAAUAAGUUUGCAAUAUGGUAACUAUGGCAACCCGGUUCAUUUGGAAGCGCGCGCUGUUGGACCCCAGCUCGGUGCAGUUCUGACUUCGGAAACCAUGUCGUUUAUUGCGAAGAGCUGUUUAAUGCCAUAGCGUUCCUUUUUUUUUUUUUUUUUUGGUUUUUCGAAACUCUGCCUUGCAAAGUGCACGUGCACGUCCGGUGUGUCCCGGUCGGAGAAAUGCGCGCCGCCGCGGUUCGGUUCGUCCGCCUGUGCGCGCUCGCCGUGUGUGUGUGUGUGUGUACAGGAGAGGACGAGUCCUGCCAUGGAGCUUUUGAUUUAUACUUUGUGCUGGACAGUUUGCGUGUGACGUUCCAGGUCCGGCAGCGUGUCCACCAACUGGCGGGAGAUAUACGAAUUUGUAGAGCAGCUAACUAAUCGCUUCGUAAGCCCGAAGAUGAGGGUUUCGUUUAUCGUCUUCUCCUCGAGCGCAGAAGUCAUUCUCCCUCUCACCGGAGACAGGGCAGCUAUAGACAAGGGUUUGGAUCUGUUGAGUAAAAUCAGACCUGCGGGUGAUACCUACAUGCACGAGGGACUGAAAAAGGUUAUAGAGCAGAUGAAAGCCCAGAGCACAAAAGCCGCAAGCAUCGUCAUUGCACUGACUGAUGGGAAACUGAGCGUCUACCCACACGAUCUCGCCGUGAAGGAGGCUGAUCUGGCGAGACAGUACGGAGCUCGUGUUUACUGUGUAGGAGUGACUGACUUUGAUGUCCUGCAACUGGUUGAUAUCGCAGACAACAAAGAUCAGGUGUUUCCUGUGCUGGAUGGAUUCCAGGCGCUCAAGUCGAUUGUGAAUUCUAUUUUAAAGAAAUCCUGCGUAGAGAUCUUCUCCGUUGAACCAUCCAGCGUGUGUGUGAACGAAACUUUUAACAUCGUUCUAAAAGGGAAGGGCUUUACUCAGGGGCGGAGCUCUGAGGGCGUGCUCUGUACCAUCUCCGUCAAUCAACAGGAAGCCUACAAUGAAAAGCCCAGCGUUGUGAAGGACACUUAUUUGCUGUGUCCGGCUCCGCUGUUGACCGAAGUUGGACACUCACUUGAAGUGCUGAUUAGUUUCAAUCACGGACACUCCUUCAUUUCAAGUCCGAUUACGAUCCACGCCACUACGUGUUCUAGUGGUGUGGUGGUGAUUGUGGUUCUACUGGUUCUGCUAUUACUAGCGGCUCUGGUCCUGCUUUGGUGGUUCUGGCCACUUUGCUGCACCGUGGUCAUUAAAGAUCCUCCGCCCUCUCGACCUCCUCCUCCUCCACCUCCUCCGCUUAUCGAGCCGGAAGAAGACCCUCUACAGAAGAAGAAAUGGCCCACUGUUGAUGCGUCCUAUUACGGAGGCAGAGGAGUCGGAGGGAUCAAACGCAUGGAGGUUCGUUGGGGAGGAAAAGGCUCUACUGAGGAAGGAGCACGACUGGAGAAAGCCAAAAACGCUGUGGUCACCAUGCCUGAGGAGGAGGAACUGCAAGAGCCAAUUGUUAAAGCUCCUCGCAGACCACCACCUCCCCAUCCACCCCCACCUCCAUCUAAAUGGUACACCCCGAUUAAGGGUCGCUUCGAUGCUCUGGGAGCUUUACUACGGCGACAGUACGACCGAGUCGCUAUCAUGAGACCUACAGCGCAUGACAAGGGUCGCUGCAUCAAGUUCACAAGGAUUCAGAGUCGCUAGCUCACUCACUUUGUGCCUUUUUAUUGGUUUUUAUUUUCACGAUUUUGUAUAUGCUCUGCCGUUAGAUGAUUGUACAUUGAUUGUUUUCCUUUUACAUUUUUCACUUUAAUUCUCUUGUUUUUACUGGCCAGUCCUGCUGAUUUGAUUUGAUGCACUAGUGCCUUACUUUGACUUGUUUUUCUGUAGCGUUUCACUACAGCAAACACGGAAAGUCAAAUGACACCUAAUUAAUAUUUAUUAGUAAAAAUGAAAACAAAAGAUCUAAAGAUCAUUUGAAUUUGAAAAUGACCGAAACUAGUCUUACAUGUCACUAUCCCAGACAAAAGAACAGAGUUUCUCCAGGUGAUGCAUCAAUAUAAAUGGAAAAACUCAACAGAUCUCAUGUUUAUGAUUGGACAUCAGCACAUGCUAGGUAGCAUAACUGUAUCUUCUGACCACUGACUCUAAAGAAAAUAAAGAAUUUUUUUUUUUCAGUCUG